CGCAUCGAACAACGGCGAGAUAUCCGGAUACCUGCCACAGCCACUUGCAAUUCGGUUUCUACCAACCCGUAUCCGGGUCAAUUGUAUUCUUUCUGUCCCGUACACCCUCAAGAUGAGGUCCGCUCUUCGGUUGCUGGCCAACGUCAAGCCGGGCCGCUACCUCGAGCCCUUCACUCCCACCGGUUUGACCGGUCUCGUCACUCACCCUAGUCCGCGCCCGACUCUGAUCUACCUAUACACCACCACUCUCGAGAAGCUUAAGGCUUUCCCCGAGUCGUCAGCUUACCGUCAGGCUACCGAGGCUCUUACGCGACACCGUCUGCAAAUCGUCGAGUCUACCAAGCCACCAGGAUUUGAGACAUGGCUGGAGCGCGUGAAGAAAACCGUCGAGGCUGAGCCGGAUCGUUUCCAGAAACUUCGUCGUGCGGAUGGCUCUUACACUUUUGCUGCUAAGCAGCAGGAUGACUUUGUCGACCACAACCCCCGCGGUAACGAGUGGGAUGGUGAAGUUCUUGAGCCCACCACCGAAGGCCCCGCCCGUACCCCGGAAGAAGAAGCCCGGUGGCACGAGGCCAUUGAAGAGUCUACUGCGGCCAAAAUGAAGGACUCGGAUUUUGAGACCGAGAGCAUGCAGUGGGAGAACGAGCCCGCUCUGGAGGCAGAGCAGGUUUCCGAGAUCGAGAAGAAGAUCGGUGCUGGUCUGAUCGAGGAAGUUAUCCAGGUCGCUGAAGGCGAGCUGAAGCUUGUCGAUGAAUUGGCCAAGGCCAAGGUUUGGGAGGAACUCGAGGAGAAGCCCAAACCAGGACAGUGGGAGUACUUUGCCCGCACAUCGGAUGCCUCCAGCAAGGUGUAAACGAUAUGUGCGCGGUUAAAGACUACUUGUAUUUAUUAAUGGCCUGCCGUUGAUGUGGACGGAUAUAACACAUUCAUGUGUCAAUCAAUCCUUUUUUUCGUGUAUUUCUUGUAUUUCACUGCACGGGAAUGGCUUCCUGUCUCAUACUAGAACUUGUAUUAGGGCAUAGAUCUAGAAACGCCCUGUCAGCAAGCUAUAUCGACAUAGGAUGUAUUGAUCUGCGAAAUGAUAGUCAACAGGAAAAGUAUACUUUUACAGAAAAUUACCAUUGUGUUUGAUCUCUUUAUACCAUGCCUGCCAAUUGGCUGACCACUUUUUCUCUUUUCUUUGCACGAACUCUAUGAUUUAUUUUGGGCUUAGUUACUAGUCGUAAGAGCCUCAUGUAUGUUGGUAGCUCAGAAUGUAACUAAGCACACGAAAACGAAAAGAUGCUGUACUAAAGCGGAGCAUAGAGCCUUUAUUAG